AUAAAUGGCUAAAUAAGGUUGGGGUUUUUCAGGAAACACUGUCAAGUUGAAUACAAACAAGUAAAUAUAUCUUAAAUAUAUAGUCGUGUGGAAAAGAAGUUGAACAUCUGGGAAACAGCGGGAAAAGCAGAUGAUAUCUAGUAUAUUCCUGAUGCUGAAGAGGAAAAAAAACCUUAAAAUCAGAUUUCAGAUGCAGGCGUUGUUUUAGGAUAAAAAUUAUAGAAUAUUAACGAGUUGUAGAAUUUAGCAAAAAUAUCAUCGUUGCCUCAACCUGUACUGAUUUGAGAAUUAAACAUUAGGCUGAUGACAUUGAUUUUAGUAUUUUAACAUAAGUAUUGAGACCGGUUGAAGAAGUAUAAGAGAUCGAUGAAUAAUGGGAGUUUUCAAAAUUAAAAACUGAAAUGCAAGAAAUAGUCAACAAGCUCUACAGCAAUAAAAUAAAUUCUUGA